UAGAAAAUAAAUCUGGAUAAUGUAAAUGGGAUCUCACCAGUAGUAGGCCAUGAUAUCAGGCUUUUGCAUUGUUCACCAAUCACCAUGACAGUUCAGCAUCACCUUACAAUUUCGACCACGGCCAUAGUCAAAAUUUGGCAGCAAAAAAAAGGCAUUGACCCUUCAGUCAACACCCUCUGCUUAUCCUCCCUUUCAUCCCCUAUUUAAACCACCAUCUACUCAUAAUCUCAUAGCAUAGCUAAGGUAGGGACCUCCACAUCUAGAGCUGUCUUCUACAAUCCAUGGCAAAGAUGCUACUGACUGGUAUCAGCUCUCCAAACCUCCUUGUAAUCCCCACAAUGCCUAGAUUCCUUGCCCUAAUCACCAUUGCCAUUGCAGUUGUAUGCUCCAACCAUGCUUCUGCAGUGGAUCCACAAGCCAGCGAUCACACUGCAUUGCUCUCCUUCAAGUCCUGUGUCUGGGGGAACCUCUCUGACUGGGGCUCCCCUAAAAUGUGCAAUUGGUCUGGUGUUACAUGUGACUCAAGAGGGCGUGUGAUUUACCUUCUCCUUUCUAACUCUAACCUCACCGGCGUCAUCUCCCCGGCUAUCGGCAACCUCUCCGCACUCAGGAGGCUAGACCUUCAAAGCAACCAACUCUCUGGCAGCAUCCCACCGGAGCUCGGCAUGUUGUCCCAGCUCGAGGAACUGAACCUUAAUAUCAACUUACUCAACGGGCCGAUCCCAGAAGCACUAGGUCUUCUGAAAAGCAUAGCCUACCUCUCCAUGUAUGGCAACAACCUCACUGGUAGCAUCCCGGAGGCUGCUGUCUGCAACUGCUCCUCCUUAACCCACAUUAACCUGAGAACCAACUCCCUCACCGGUGAGAUCCCUUUCUCUGCACGAUGCCGGCUUCCGUACAUAAAGAAGAUCAUCCUCUAUGAAAACAGGCUUGUUGGCGCUAUCCCCUCAUCAAUUUCGAAUUUUACGAGCCUUGACUGGGUGCUUUUGCAGAGCAAUUUCCUUGGUGGUGAGCUGCCAUCCCAAAUGUUCAACACCAUGCCAUCCCUCAAGUACCUCUACCUGUCCAACAACAAUUUCUCAAGUGAUGGCGGCAACACUAACCUUGAGCCUUUCCUUGCUUCUCUAGUGAACUGCACCAGCUUAGAAGAGCUUGGAGUGGACUCAAACAGCAUUGGAGGCAAGAUCCCGCCGAUGUUCGGCAAUUUAUCAACCAAUCUCACCAAGAUCUACCUGUAUGACAACAAAAUCACUGGUGCGAUUCCUCACGCCAUCGGAAAUCUUCCCUUGCUGACAGAUUUAUGCCUAGAAGACAACAUGUUGGAGGGCCCGAUCCCCUCAGAGAUAUUCCAACCACGUUGGCUUACACGGUUAGUCCUAGCAAAUAACCAGAUCAACGGUGAAAUACCCAAAUCCAUUGGCUUAGCUCAACACUUAAAUAUCAUCCACAUGUCUUAUAAUGGUCUUCAAGGCACAAUACCAGGGACCUUGUCCAACCUCACUAAGUUGGGGUACCUUGUUCUUGAUCAUAACCAGCUCUCAGGUGCCAUACCACCUGGUCUUAGCUGCAACAUGAUCUUGGACCUUUCUUAUAACAAACUUACAGGUCAAAUUCCUACUGGUGUAGCUGGUCUUAGUAGCCUCCAACUCUAUCUUAACCUCUCUAACAAUCUCUUAGAGGGGCCUCUACCAUUGGAAUUUGGCAAUAUGGACAAGAUCCAGGCUCUUGACUUGUCAGCGAACAAGCUCUCCGGGGCAAUACCAGCGCAGAUCAAGGGCUGUGCCGGGGUUGAGUAUGUCAAUCUCUCCAGAAAUUUUCUGCAAGGCACCCUUCCUCCUUCCAUUGGCGCUUUGCCAAGCAGCCUCCAUGUCCUUGAUGUUUCUUUCAAUAGGCUUACUGGUAUGAUUCCUCAGUCUUUGCAAGCAUCACCAGUGCUCUGGUUUGCCAACUUCUCAUACAACAACUUCACCGGCGAGGUGUCUAGUGAAGGGGCAUUUGCAAACCUCACUGGAGACUCAUUUCUCGGCAAUCCUGGCCUAUGUGGAUCUAUGCUCCGCAUGGUGUCAUGCCGUGGAAAACAUGGCCACCUCCUGUACAUAGCCAUAAUUGUCGUCGUCGCCAUUGCUGCCGGUUUAUUGGCCAUGGUGUGCAUUGUUGAUCACGACCUAAUGAAUUCUCGUUUGAGGUUGACACCCCCAUCCAUUCAACUAUCACAUUUCCGUAAAGGACCGGACAAUGCCGAGGAUAUGGACAGGUCUACAGGGGUGUCCUCCAUGGCGGGACAGAGAUCGCCGUCAAAGUCCUGCACCAGGACCAGGUCGGCGGCGAGGUGA